AUGAGUGAUGACCGUGAUGUUCGUAGACGAACCAUAGGGAUUUCUAUGGAAGAUUCUUCCGAUGAUUCUUCAAGCACAGUCACACGAAAAAGUAAACGAAAAUCACGUAUUACUCGCUUACUCACUUCAAUUAGGUGGAUUGUUCUGUCAAGUUUAGUGUGUUGGCUAUUUGAUGUACCGUCUAGUGUACAAUUCAUUUUGUCAUUGGACGGGUGGGCUAGAAAUCUCUUUUACCUCUCUGGUAUAUCUUUGUCUAUUACCUUCUUGAUUUUCCUUUACCUAAAUUUCUAUCUCCCGUACAUAAAACAUACUCCACCACCGAACUAUCGAUUAUGGAAUCGUGAUGAAACCUUAAAAAAAUAUAUACCCAUAGCUACUGUAACAAGUACUCUCGGUAUAUUGGGAUUUAUUAUUAGUUGUUGGAAGAUUUGGGGAUUCUUUUCUCCUCUGGUGGUUUCGGGUAUGUUGAUGGGUAUUGUAGGAAUAAUGAAUCUUUUUGGAUAA